UCUUGUCGAUGAACAAAACACUCUCAAAUACAACACAAUCUCAUCAAUUAAGAAAGCAAAUGGAAGCAUCCAACGUUUUCUUCCUUGUUUACGUUGAAGUUAUAGUUCUUCUCUCAUGCUUCAACUUGCAUGGUUUUAAUUUGCUUGGCUUAGUAACAGCAAGCCCUGUAGUUAGAGGAAAUGGCACUGAUCAACAUGCUUUACUCCAAUUCAAAACCAAGGUAACUGGUGAUCCACUCAAGAUCAUGGAGUCUUGGAAUAUUUCUAUUCACUUUUGUCAAUGGCAUGGUGUUACUUGUGGUCGCAAGCAUCAGAGAGUCACUAAAUUGGACCUGCAAUUCCUGAAACUCUCGGGAUCUUUAUCACCAUACAUUGGCAAUUUGAGCUUUCUCAGGGGGUUGAAUCUUGCAGACAAUAGCUUCUACAACCAGAUUCCUCAAGAAAUUGGUCGUUUAAGAAGGCUGGAAACAUUACAAUUGACCAAUAACUCCAUCAGAGGUGAAAUUCCUUCUAAUUUAUCCGCUUGUUCUAAGCUUACACUGGUUGAUAUGAGAAGUAACCAGCUAGCAGGAGAAAUACCAGCUUCGCUAGGUCUCUUAUCAAACCUAAAAUUCUUGAAUUUUGCCAACAACAGUUUGAAAGGGAGUAUUCCACCUUUGUUUGGGAACUUGUCAUCUUUGGAGGUGCUUUCUUUAGCGAUUAAUGCAUUAAGUGGGACUAUACCAGAAGCUCUUGGACAACUGACAAAUCUUUCAUUUUUCUCGAUAUACGGAAAUGCAAUUUCUGAAAGAAGAGACAGCAGCAUCCAAGAACAAUAUGUGAAGAAAAUUGGCUUUUACAAUUAUCAUACCAAAGCAUCCUAAGGGCUACUAACGGAUUCUCCACACAAAAUUUGGUUGGUGCGGGAAGUUUGGUUCCGUAUACAAAGGAAUUCUUGAGGAGAGUGGAGAAGUUAUUGCAGUAAAGGUGUUUCAUCUUCUGCAUAGUGGAGCUUCUAGGAGUUUUUUGGCUGAAUGUGAGGCUUUGAAGAACAUUCGACAUCGAAACCUCGUCAAGGUUUUAUCAGCCAUUUCAGGUAUUGAUCAUAAAGGCAAUGAUUUUAAAGCCUUGGCUUAUGAGUUCAUGGAAAAUGAAAGCUUGGAGGACUGGUUGUAUCCCUCUACUAGCAUGAAUGAACCAGAGACGAUGAGAAACCUAAACUUCAUUCAAAGAGUUAAUGUGGCCGUAGAUGUUGCUCAUUGAAGAAAACUAGAAAACUAGGUAACUUGAGAAUUUCUUUCCAAUCUCAGAUAACUUUAUUUACUAAAUGAAUUUGGACUAUUUGCCUACCCAAUACAAAGCCAGACCAUUGUUUUAUACUUACAGAUAACAACUUGCUUCUCUUUAACAAACUAACUAACCUUUCCAACCUUCACUAACUAAUCUGCUAACCGUUUUAUUAUUCUUAACAUGCAUCCAUCUUCUCUAUUGUCAAGACCCGAAGAAAAUUUCUGAAUCGACCAAAAAGAGAAACCGAUAAUGGUUUGGUUAACACAUCAGCAACUUGGUCUGACGCAGGAACUUCUCCUACACAAACCGAACCAUCGGCAACCUUCUCACGAACAAAAAAUAAAUCUAACUCCACAUGUUUAAACUUGGAGUGUAAUACUGGGUUAGCAGCAACUGCAACUGCACUAGAACUAUCACACCAUAUAUUUGGUGGAGAAACAGUCCCAAUAUGCAAUUCUCGUA